AUAACCUAGGUACGGAAGCCGAAGGAGGCGUUAGUUGUUUUUGUGUGUGUGUGUUUGUGUGUGUUGGGUUUAUUUUGUGUGUGUGUGUGUGUGUGUGUGUGUGUGUUUUAGCCAGCCGGAAGCUGGGAGCAAGAUGGUUUACAUCUCGAAUGGGCAAGUGUUGGACAGCCGGAGUCAAUCCCCGUGGAGACUAUCUUUGAUAACAGAUUUCUUCUGGGGAAUAGCAGAGUUUGUCGUUUUGUUUUUCAAAACUCUGCUACAACAAGAUGUGAAGAAAGGAAGAGGCUAUGGAAGCUCAUCGGAUUCCAGAUAUGAUGAUGGAAGAGGGCCACCAGGAAACCCUCCCCGAAGAAUGGGUCGUAUCAAUCAUCUUCGUGGCCCCAGUCCCCCUCCAAUGGCUGGUGGAUGAGGAAGGUAAAUGUCUGCUCUAAGAAGCAGACAACUUGACAUGCACAUUCAUAGAAGGAAAAGAUCAAGAAUGGAAGGCUGAUAGUUCUAGAUAAGAAGAUGAAUGUGUAUGUCCAAACAAAGAUUGCUCUGUGUCCUCACAGGUGAAUGACGUCAUGCUGGGAAUUCCCUCCACAGGGAUCUGGCCUGACUGAUAGCAGUUCUAUAAAUACACAUGUUUGUCUCAUCCUUUUUGUAUAGUUUAUUAAAGUAUUAACAUAGUUUUAAUUAGUAAAUCUUUUUAGGUUGCAAAAUUUGACUUUGAAUCUUUGUAUGUAAUCUAAAACCUCUAAAUCUGAAGAAAAUAAAGGCUAUACUGUACUGUAUUAAAGAACUGUUAGUGUCACCUUUUUUUCAAUUUCUGAAAUGCUGUUCAUUGUUCAUUUGUUUUCAUUUAUAAAUAAACUACACUAUUUCAGUAGUAUGCAUAUAA